AAUGAUAAUAUAAACGGUUGAAGAAUAGUGUCGCCAUCAACUGCGGAGAAGACUCGCUCCACUGCAAAAUCUCCCGCGCUCUUCGAUCUUCAUUUGCGCGUUAAUUGUUCGAUCGGUAUGGAUGAAGAGUACGAUGUCAUCGUUCUCGGCACUGGUCUUAAAGAAUGCAUUCUCAGCGGCCUUCUCUCCGUCGAUGGCUUAAAAGUCCUACACAUGGACAAAAAUGACUAUUAUGGAGGAGAGUCCAGCUCUCUCAAUUUGAUUCAGCUCUGGAAGCGCUUCAGGGGAGAGGAGCAACCGCCCGAGAAUUUAGGCGCAAGUAGAGAGUACAACGUUGAUAUGAUCCCAAAGUUCAUGAUGGCGAAUGGAACUUUAGUACGCGUCUUAAUUCAUGCGAACGUCACCAAGUACCUCAACUUCAAGGCCGUAGAUGGUAGUUUUGUCUACAAUAAAGGAAAGAUCCACAAGGUCCCGGCAACUGAUGUCGAGGCAUUGAAAUCCCCACUGAUGGGGCUUUUUGAGAAGAGGCGCGCGCGCAAGUUCUUUGUAUUUGUUCAAGACUUUAAUGAGAGUGAUCCCAAGACUCAUCACGGGAUGGACUUGAGCACGAUUACAGCAAGACAACUUAUCUCAAAGUAUGAACUGGAAGACGACACGAUUGAUUUUAUAGGCCAUGCACUGGCUCUGCAUUUCAGCGAUGAAUACUUGGACAAGCCGGCACUGACUUUUGUGAAAAGAAUGAAGCUGUAUGCAGAAUCUUUGGCGCGAUUCCAAUCCGGAUCUCCUUACAUCUAUCCUAUGUACGGACUUGGAGAGUUGCCUCAGGCGUUUGCUCGUCUGAGCGCAGUUUAUGGUGGGACUUACAUGCUAAACAAGCCAGACUGUAAGGUGGAAUAUGAGGAUGGAGUAGUGGUUGGAGUAACAUCCGAAGGAGAAACAGCCAAAUGCAAGAAAGUUGUCUGCGACCCCUCAUAUUUACCCGAUAAAGCCGAGAAGGUAGGGAAAGUUGCGCGUGCUGUCAUUAUAAUGAGCCACCCGAUCCCAGACACUCACGAGUCGCACUCAGCUCAAGUCAUCAUCCCACAGAAGCAGCUUGGCCGUAAAUCAGACAUGUAUCUCUUCUGCUGCUCAUACUAUCACAACGUGGCGCCAAAAGGCAAAUACAUAGCUUUCGUUUUGACAGAGGCUGAGACUGACGACCCGGAGGCAGAGCUGAAGCCCGGGGUGGACAUUCUUGGACCGGUUGAUGAGAUAUUCUACGAAACCUAUGACAGAUAUAAACCUACCAACGACUGCGAUUCUGACCACUGUUAUAUUUCUAUGAGUUAUGACCCAUCCACACACUUUGAGUCCACUGUGGAAGAUGUUUUGUCUAUGUAUAACAAGAUAACUGGAAAGGUGAUUGAUUUGUCAGUGGACCUUAGUGCAGCAAGUGCUGGUGAACAAUAAGCUGUCUCAGAUUCUUCACUUGUAUCUCUCAUUAUAUGAGUUGUGUGGUUCACAGCAGAGGAUCAAAUCCCCACACCGGAGAAGAUGAAACUAGUACAUGCAUGCUCCUCCUCAGCUUCAUACAAGUUUACCAGAUUAUUCAAUUUUUAUUUUUUUUUGGUUUUGCAUUUUCUAGUAGCUAAAAUAAGGAUAUAUUUUUCUGCCAAGUGUAAUGGGACAAGCCAUCUGCAUUAUAGCCAUGGAUGUUGAUGAUGGUUGCAACUAAACUUACCAAUUUUUUAUG